AUGUCCCGUAAACAAUGUCUCUGUAUUGUCUUUGUCAUUCCCUUUUGGUCCAUCGCAGAGGGAGGGACUUUCAUCAACAACGAGCCUUCCUGGAACAUUCCGGCCGAAAUACGAGGUUACGUUGAGGAGCAUUUUGCCGCUUUGACCUCGGAUCUAACAAGUCGUCUGGAGGAACUCGAGAGAAGACACACGCAAGAUAGAUCUGAGAUUGACGUUCUAGAACGUGUUCGCGAUAACAACAUUGAUCAGAUAAUGAAUAUGAGACGAGAUUUAGAUGACAUCAGGAGAGAAAACAAUCGUCUGAAGGAAAGAGUCAACAUUAUCGAAAAUCUACUACAUAGACAGACACUGACAGGCCAAACGGAGGUGAACACAACAGUAUUUACCCAGAACACUAGCGAGGAAGGCCCUCGUCGCCGAGGGAGACGUCUCGGAAAGUUCAGAUCCAGAUGGACGGGAUCCAAUCACGAGAACUCUACAAAUCGUCAGACUGGAUUUAGGAAAGACUUGAAUGAAGACGAAAUACGUGGAGGGCAUCCCAUCGCGUUCGAUAACGUCAUCACGCUGGUCGGUGGCCACUACAGCAAGAACACGGGCGUCUUCACGUGUCUUCGUGAGGGGGUUUAUGCAUUCAAAUGGAGCCAUCGAGUCAACUCUGCAAACGCUUAUAUGUUCACAGAGCUUGUCAAAAAUGGACACUUUGUCGACAGAGCUAUUUCAUAUCAUGCCGCUAUCGGUUAG